CGCAAUCCCGAUCAACAUACGACAGGUGUUCUAAGCACCGUGAGCUAUUAGUCCACCUCAUCUUGGCUCUGGGCCCCAACUACCGUGAUGAUUUUCCGCGUUUCUUGACAAGCUGACAUAGGGAAUAAUUACAUGUUAUAGCUUCUCAAAGUUUCUGCUAAUACGAAGAUAUUGGUGCUUUACUUGUGUCAACAUGGCGGAAGCUGAGGUGGACGUCGAACAAACGCUCCACAUUGCUCGGGCUGUAAGCGUAUACCGUAUUCCACCGCGGCCUGGGGCAAAUGGCUGGCGCUCAGGGGAAUGGUUGGUGAGCGACAAGCUAUUCAGUGGAAGAUUACGCGUUAUCGGCAAGGGUGAACUCUGCGAAAUCCGCCUGGAAGACCCCAGCAGCGGAGACCUCUUCGCCACGUGUCCCGUACAGUACGGGCAACGCAACGUGUGCGUAGAACCCGUAACUGAUUCGUCUCGAUACUACGUGCUGCGAGUUGAAGACCCCGCCACCCGGCGACAUGCCUUCUUGGGGAUGGGCUUCGACAACCGCUCGGACGCAUUUGACUUCAAUGAGGCCCUGGUACGACACGAGCAACAGGUGGCGCGGGAGCGAGCCACCCGCGCAAGGGCGGCCGAGACGGCUCGCAGCAGCGCCCCUGCCUCCGAUAUAGGACCAGCAGCAGCAGCAGCAGCAGCGGUAGCGGGCUCGCCACCUUCUUCCGGCGGCGCUUCCAACCUAGCGGCGUCCCCUUCCUCCUCCUCGUCCUGGUCAGCCGCCCAGCCGUCCCCUUCCUGGGCGGCUCAGGGCGCCAGCAGCAGUGCAGCGGCGGAGGUGGAGGGCCUGUACCGGCGUACGGCAGAUCUACGGCUGCAGGAGGGGCAAACGAUAAGGGUCAACGUAUCGGGGCUAAGAAAGUCUGGAACCGCAGCGGGAGCAGCAGCAGCUGCAGCGCCAACUUCGGCGGCAGCUGGUGGCAAAGGUUUCCUUGGCGGUGGCGGUACGGCAUCUGCCGUGCUGCUUCCGCCGCCUGCAUCUGGGUCGUCGCCACCGGUUGGACGCGUCGGACUGCUGGCGCCGCCUCCCUCUUCGUCGCCUGUGAGUCUAGGCACUUCGCUGCUGUUACCGGUUGUAUCUACAUCGAGCACCGGGCAAGCCAACAUGGCAGCGAAUUCAUCGUCUAGUGAUCACUGUCACCCAGUGGGCCAGCCGCUCGGAGUUUCAGGCGCCUCAGGAUCAACGAGUCAAUAUGGGAAUGCUGGCAACAAUCGAGUUGGCCAAACAGGGGCUUCGCAGCAACCCGUCGAUAAAGCUUCCGAACAGCACAACUGGGCGACAUUUGAUUGAACUCUUGGAUUAUGCUACAGGCGAUCGAGGGGACAAAAAUUAGCUGGAAAUCGGUGUGCUUGUAGGCGGCUACCCUUUCCAAAUGCAGUACUGGAAAGUUUUCAGGGUCCAUGUACGGAGGAUUCUGCAGUUGGGCUUCUGUACGAGCACAAUCUUAACGACACCAUUUGUGGCGUUCUGAAACUUCCCAGCUAGGGAGCAUGUGGUGCGCAGAAUUCUGCUGUACCUUUGCACAAGCUAACAUGGAGACUAGCUUUGACUAGGCUGGUUGCUCAAAUUGGCUAGCUUCUACGGUAAUUUCAAGAACACUGUUUAGCAGCCGGUCGUCUCUCUUUGCUCUAGAAACGAAGCAAACUUGUUGUCUCUGCUAAGAUCGAGCACUUGAGGUGUAUAGUUUUGGCGGGGCUGAGCUGGCGGCGUCACGGGCUGGUGCCUGGCCCUUCGUAACGUCCCAUCUUGGCACGGACAUGAAGUCGGAGGGUAAUCCUUCCGAGGUUGGUCCCUCUUCGGUAUGCGAAGCUGUCAGCGGCGAAGGGCAAGUCGAAGAUCGCUUUUCUGACGAUGAACACGGACCAGAGUUUGAAGCUCUUCAACACCUUUCGGUGGAAGAGCGGCGAAGAGCGCUUCGGCGUCUUCGCAACCGCGAAUCUGCGCGACGUGUUCGCGCUCGGCGGCUUGCCGAGAUGUCGCAAAUGGAAAGCACGGUGCAGGGCAUGCAGGAGGAAAACGCGGCCCUCAAGGCGCACGUCAGCAAGCUGCAAAGCCACAUCCAGUCGAUGACGCUCAAGGUGUACGAGAUUACCUCCAAGUACGAGGCAGCGGUGGCGGAAAACGCGCAGCUACGCUCCGAGUUGCAGCUCUUUCGGCCCUCUCUUCCGACGGCGCUGCGCGCGGAGAGCGGCAAUGUCCCCGCCGCCUCCGCCGCCGCUGCAGCAGCCGCUGCAGCUGGCUUCUCCGGUGCGUCCCUCUCACACCACCUCUCGCCCUUCAUCGCACCCGGGCACCAAGACGCCACAACUCCCACCGCCGCGGCAGUCGCAGCCGCGACUGCUGCGUUUGCGGAUGCCAACACCGCGACCGCUGGCAACACCGGCGGCGGUGGCAACGCUGCAUGUCAGCCCCAGCCCCCGCCUCCACUUCACCACCACCAGCAGCAGCACCCGCUGCUGCCAUCGGGGCUGUCGCAGCUGCGCGCCAGCAGUCCGGUGGACCUGCAGCACCAGCGGCAGGCGCUGGAGGAGGUGGUGAUGCUGCUACAGGAGCACAAGCGGAGGAACCAGGCGGCAACAGCUGUGCAGGAUCGCUCGGCUUCCGAAUUGGGAUCCAGCGGCGUGGGUGGCCCCAACGCCAGCAGCAUCGUCACAGGCCACACGCUGGCCUCCGACACGCCCACACCAACCCCCGCCGCCGCUGCUGCCGCCGCCGCCGCCACCCCAGCCUGCACCUUUGGCGGCGCCGCGGGCACUGGCAGUUUCAGCCUGGGCAGCGGAAGCAGCUUUGGAAGGGUGGUCGGCAGCGGCGGGUGGCAGGGCAGCAGCAGCCUUACCUAUGCAGGAAGUGAGCCGGUGGGAAGGGCGACCUCCCUUAUGGGUGCAGCCCCCAUGGAUAUCUCGGUUUCACAGAGUAUUGGAGCGACGGGGAGCGGAUGCGAUCUGCGGGCGUGUCAAUCUGAGGUUCUAAUGGGAAGCAUGCAACGACAGCAGCAGCAACAGCAUGCUUUGCAGCAGCAGCAGCAGCUGCAACAACCGUCACUGAUGCAGUCAGGAGGGGGAUCUCUAGGCGCCGUGAACAACGCCGCCGUACUGGCUCAAUUGGGCCUCUCCGUGUGUAUGGAUGCGAUUCGCAUGCCGUCCGUCGCGGCGUUGCAGCAGCAGCAACAACAGCAGCAACAACAGCAGCAACAGCAGCAGCAACAGCAACAGCAGCAGCAACAACAGCAGCAACAGCAGCAGCAACAGCAGCAGCACCAACAACCGCAGCAGCACUCGUUUGUACGUCAAGGCAACAACCCUUUCCCGUUGCAUCUCCCGCCGCGGCCGCCAUCCUCGCAACAACAGCAACAACAGCAGCGACAGAUUGACAAAGAGCACGUUGCAGCAAAGCUUGGAAGCCGCAGCAGCAUGAGCUACAACCCGCAACUGCUGUCACAGCUGCAACCCUUCCUGGGCAACACAAUGCCCAUGCUGCCACCCAUGCCAUCGCUCCAGCACCCCUCCAGCAACCUCCAAUCCGCCGGUUCCGGGGCCCUGAACAGCGGGGCGGCCGGGCUCUCGGGCCCUUUCUACUCUGCAACAUCCAACGCAGGGUCGUUGUAUCCCAUCACGGGUUCUGGGCUUGCUGGGUUUGCGGGCGCGGGAGCAGCUGGAAACGGUUGCAGCAUGCAGCUGGGUCAUGCCUCGAGCGGCGGCUUGGCGACGAUGAGCGCAGGCGGUGGUGCUGACGGCGGCGGUGGCAGCAUUGGCGCGGUUGGCGGCAGCUUCGGUGGACAACAGCAACAACAGCAGCAGCCACUAGGCUGCAAUGCAAGCGCGCCCUUUGCGUUUGACCGGUCAAACUGCGCGAGCGUUCAAAAUGUGGUUGCGGUCAAUCCGUCCUGGCAGCAUCAAAACGGCUUUGCUACAGCGGCGAGUGCUCCGGGGAUGGCUGGGUGUGGGGUUGCGAUGGCACUGGGUGCCGGCGGAGGUCGCUCGGAGGAGAUUGCGGAUGACUUGUUCAUGUCUCUUGACGAAUUUGUGCCCCAGGACUUGUAGUGCUGCCCUGCUUUACUACUUGGAACGCCUGAGGCCUACACCGCAUCAGGGUUGUGCUUCUCGGCCCUGCUACCCCGGCCCUUGCGAUGCUUCAGUACGACAUGGCUGCGUUUUUCGGCGGUGGUUGUCGUUUAUAGAAUCGGCUGUGCAGUGGUAUCGGCUAUAUGGAUGCUCGGAGCUAAUGCUUCGUGAGGGAGGAAUAUUCGCGCCGAAUUCGACGUGCACUGCAGGUUGCGGGAUUUGCCUGGCUGGCUGCUUAAUGACUGGGUAACGGCUGGUUAAUGGCUGGGUGAUGGCUGGUUAAUGGCUGGUUAGUGGGGAGUAAUCACACGCCAUCCUACACGUGCCCCAGGAUAUACUUGUGCCGUCGAGGUUUAUGUUUCAAGUUUCGGAGUGCAAAGGCGUGCCUGGUUAGGACAUGGAUGGCAGCAGGUUGAUUGGUCACCAUGCCGGGGCUGGCGUGCUUGGUCUGGUAAGUGAUAUGGCGCGACAGACGCACGGUUGCGCUGCACCAUGACACGGCUUUUGGUUGGCAUAGCACCCGUAAUGCGUAGGGGGUAAUGCACCUUCGGAGAUCUUCACUGCUCUACGGUUCUGGUGCCGGGCGCUGCUGCCGGAUGCUGGCCUGCUAUCGCCCCUUGCGCAUAACGCAGAGUCCUCAACGAACGAAGCGUAAGGAGCAGAUGAUGCGGGCGGCUGGUUAAACGCUGCUGGGUGUUGUUUGACGUGAGGUUCGGCCGCUUGUUGCCUUUGGGGACAUGCCAGAAGUGUUGGGGAGCGAACGUAGCUGCAUGUUUCUCAAAUUUUGCCUGCCUUGCGACACUGACGGUGAUGUACGGAGGGAUGUACGGAUGGAUGUGGAAGUGUACGGACUGAGGUGUCGUACAUACAGGUAUUUGGCGGCCGUAUGUGUCCAGCUGUUUGGGCUGUUACUGAGGCCUCAAAAAGGGAGAGGAAGUGGAGGCGGCAAGGGCUCUGGAGUGGGGUGGAGCUGGCUGGUGGUUUGGCACAGCUAAGGCCCAGCAGCAUGGGUAGUGGCCGUGUGCGUUAGUGCAGCCUGGGCGGUGUGGGCAUUGCAUUGGUGGUUUUGCUUUGGCGGUGCGAGGGGCAAAGGAUUGCGGCAUGCACGUUUGAUGACCCACGGGUCUCAGAUGAGAAAGCUGUCUUGCCAUUCGGGUCUUGCCAUCGGCGGUCGGCGGUUUUCGCUUGGCGACCCUGUGGCUCUUUCUCCUUGGGAGACGAAUGCGCGGAUCGAAACACGUUUGGCAUCGAAACACAUGUGGGCCUUGUGCCGCAGAAACGUACGGCAACAAGGGCUGCCUUUCUUUAGCGGCAAGAGUUGCCGAUCUUGCCGAUCCUUCCUUAUUCCUUAGGCACCAAUAAGAACCAUCGAUGUGCCAUCGUUAAUAAGGUUAAAUAAUGGCUGCGUUGGCUUUUGGGACGUUUGCCGUGGCGUUGGAAUUACUACGCCGCUGUUUCGAAGCGCGACGCCCCGCCGGUGCCCUCCAUGUUGUCUGGUCAAGCUGCCUGCUCGUCUGGUGGCUUUCAGCAGCCCUCAGCAGCAGCAGUAGUACUGUCGUAAUAAUGCGAUGUCGUUGACCGUUGCUUUCGCGCUGAAUGCUUUAUUUGCUGUGGCAAAUGUUGUUGAUGUGCUAAAUGGCUAUGCGAACGUUAGGCAUCGGAAGCUUUUCCUCCGAGCCUGACGUCCAAUGCGUUUGGAUACUUAAGGUGUACGAUUGACUGUGAGGCUCGAGAUGAAAGAAUGAUUAUGCAUGGGCUCGUUUUGCGGGCAAGAUCAUGGCGAUGAUGUUUCCCCAUGGGCUGCCGGCGUCGUGCGUGUCAGGGUGUGUUGCAUGGAUUGCUUGGGAGCGCCUUUGCGUCGGAAUGCGCAGUUAGCUUAGCAUGCCUCCCAAGGUACUCGCUGGGAGUUAUUGGGCGUUAUUGGAUUGGAGAGGCGCUCGUUGUGGGGCCUGUCAGGGCGGGUUGUCGCCGACAACAUUGACAGCGCGGGCCCGUUGCCUUUUUGAGGUGUAGUAUCGUCAAGCUAUGUGAAUCACUGCCAGCAAGUAAAACGCGUUUUGUUUUAUGCAUUUCCAUGAGGGCUGUACAUGUCUGAUAAGUUUUAGGGCAGCAUCGCCCAGCAGGCCCCGAUGGUAUGCCCGACGAUGGUGAAACCAAGGGGCAUGCUGUUUGUUGCUGUGAGGGUUACGGCUGUUGUUUGAAGGGCUUAAGUAUGCCUGGAUGGAGGGCUGAGGGGCAAGAAGGACCUACCAACAAAUGAUGGAUUGUCGUAUAUCUUAUAAUCCCCAUUUUGUGGCACGACCGGUCAUCGGUCAUCACAUGUACAUACAGUUCAACGUGUGUACGCCGGGUCGUGUGUCGUGCAUACGUCUUUGCUCAUGCGGGUGGCGUUGGUGGCCAUGCGAAUCACACACAUGCAUGUUUAGGCGAGGAAAACGGACCAGAUGCGGCUCAGGGCAUGUAAUGCGAUAGCCAUAGCGAAUGAGCUUGCCCCUUGUUGAGUUGUCCACUGAGACGAAAUAGGUGGAUCAGUGUGUCGUCGGGAUAGAUGCCAUCCGGUUGAGCAGGGAUUAUUUGGAUAUCGGAGGACUGGAGGACGGCAUAGGCGUUUAUUUGGUUUAUACGGAAACGGUCGAUCGUACAGCUUCGUUUCAUUGUGAAGCCCAGGAUUCUAAAAACAAAUGCUCUGGGGUUCAUAAGGGUUUGAUUGGUAGUGUGUUAACAAACGCGGUCGCGAGGACGCGUAUGUAGGAUUUCAUGCCGUGCCGAGAAUAAAGGGAAUGGGAUGGUGUUGUAUUGCAUGGCCCAGGAGGGGUGAGUUUCUGCUGCCGCUGGCACAAUGGCAUCUCGGCUGCCGUACACGGAUUGUACGUGCUGGAUUUACUUGACGAAUGUUACGGUGCUUCGAACUACCUCCCAAUUUAAAAGUUUGAACAC